AUGUCGACAGAUACUGGACCACGCUUAGCUGCGACGGUCAUCGUCCUGUCUGUAAUGGCCUACCCAUUGCUGGCGUUGCGAAUCUACAUCAGAUUGAGCACUCGAGCAUGGGGUGCCGACGACUGGUCGAUGCUAUUCGCUGCCGUACCGUUUACUGCCUUGACGAUAGCAUGUCUUGGUGGUGCUUUCAACGGCAUCGGUGGGCAUGAAGCUGAGCUGGGUGAGAAGCAGGUCUCUGAGGGUCUUCAUGUAAGGCAUUGUCAAUUGUAUCAUAUCUUACUUCGAGAGCUGACCAUUACCAGNUGGUUCUUUUUCUUCGAAGUCUUUUACUGCAUUGCAAUUGUGCCCAUCAAGCUCAGUAUCUCAUUGAUGGAAAUGCGAAUUGCGAGCAGCAAGAAAAGCUUUGUCAUGUCGCUUUGGGUCACCUCUGCCAUGUUCAUCGUGAUGAACGUUAUCUCUCUAUUCGUCAUCAUCUUCCACUGCAAUCCCAUUUCAUGGGCGUGGGACACAUCAACUCCUGGAGGACGCUGUAAUUCCCCAACCACCCUUACCAAUAUCUAUUACGCCGACACUGCCGUCAACAUCUUCACUGACUGGUUCUGCGCAUUACUGCCUGUUCCUUUGCUGUGGUCAAUCCAAUUGAACCGCAACUCGAAAGUCUCGGUCGUCUUCCUUUUGAGCUUGGGCGUUCUGGCCAGUCUUUCUGCUUGCAUUCGUCUCAAGUACACUGUCAACCUGAACAACUCCACAGACUACAUCCAUGGCGUUGGCGAUAUUGUCAUUUGGGGCUACGCCGAGAAUGGUAUCGGUAUGGUGGUCGGCUGCCUGAGUACCUUGCGCCCUCUGUUCCGUCGCGUCUUCCAUCUCGGCAGCUCAGCACCAGAUGCUUCCUCCAAGAUGAACGGAACCCGCUCAAAGGUUGGCCGCCGCAACUAUGUCAACUGCGAGGCUGGAUACGAACUUCCUGAGGGCGUGCGUCCUGCUGAUAGAGACGUCAUUGUCAAGGGAGGCACUGUCAAGGAGAACAGCAUUCGCGACUCUGAUUCCGAGGAACACAUUCUGUCAGACUACCCUGGCAUCAAGAUGACAAGGAGUGUCUUGCAAGAGACAAGUUUUGCCACCACUUCUACUACUGGAACCAGUCCGUGA